AAAAGCACCGUGCACGUGCACGGCUCUUUUGCGUGGCCGCGCUCCGUUCACAGUGAACCCGCACGACAACGCGUUGCAGAGUGUACAGAGUACAGACCAAGGUACAGACAUGGCCGCUCUGAGUAAGAUACCGCAUAGCUGCUACGAGAUUGGUCAUACUUGGAACCCGUCGUGUGUGCAGUCGGCUGUGGACAUAGCCAAGGGUGCUCUGGAGGUCUCCUUCAAAGUAUACGCACCUCUUUACCUGAUAGCAGCAGUUCUAAGGAGAAGGAAGAAGGAUUACUAUUUAAAAAAGCUUCUCCCAGAGAUCCUGUGGUCUACUUCUUUCCUCGCUACCAAUGGAAGUCUCUACAUUGUUUUCUUCUGCAUUCUCAGGAAACUGUUGGGAGGGUUCAACUCCUGGUCUGCCGGGUUUGGCUCAGCACUGCCUGCCUCCUACAUUGCCAUCCUCCUGGAGCGCAAGAGCAGGAGAGGGCUGCUGACAAUAUACAUGGCAAAUCUUGCCACUGAGACUUUGUUCCGUAUGGCAGUGACUCGAGGCAUCGUCAAACCAAUCAAACAUGGCGAGGUGCUCUUGUUCUGCAUAACCGCAUCGCUCUACAUGUCCUUCUUCAGGAGUAAAGAUGGUCUCAAAGGCUUUGCAUUCUCUGCAUUAAAGUUUAUCAUCGGAAAAGAAGAGAUUCCAACUCACUCUGUCGUGGCAGACCAGAUCUGCACGAGACCCCUUGAGAGGACAGCUGCCAUAGAGACAGGGGAUUCACAGGCAGAAGGGCCCAGCUCCAGUAGGAAAACUCUGGUAGCCCACACAAGGGAACUGCUAGAGUCAAUAUGCAAAAAGGGUCCAAGGCACAGAUGUUGUAAACAUUACCAAGACAACUGCAUUUCCUACUGUGUAAAAGGUUUUGUCAGGAUGUUCAGCGUUGGCUACCUGAUUCAGUGUUGUCUUAAAGUGCCUUCAGCUUUCAGGCACAUGUUUACGAAACCCUCACGGCUCCCCUCCCUCUUCUACAACAAAGAGAACUUCCAACUCGGGGCCUUUCUUGGAUCUUUUGUCAGUAUCUACAAGGGAACAAGCUGCUUGCUGCGCUGGCUGCGCAACAUUGAUGAUGAACUCCAUACACUGACUGCUGGCUUCCUGGCUGGUAUUUCGAUGUUCUUCUACAAAAGCACUACAAUAUCCAUGUAUCUCUUCUCUAAGCUGGUGGAGACCAUAUACUUCAAAGGCAUCGAGGCCGGACGGUUCCCUUACUUUCCUCAUGCAGACACGGUCAUAUAUGCCAUCUCCACUGCUAUCUGUUUCCAAGCUGCUGUGAUGGAAGUGCAGAACCUCAGGCCUACAUACUGGAAGUUUCUGCUGCGUUUAACUAAGGGCAGGUUUGCUCUGAUGAACCGACAGUUGCUCGAUGUUUUUGGGACUCAAGCCUCCAGGGACUUUAAAGGCUUUGUGCCCAAACUGGACCCUCGUUACAUCACGGUGCUACCACCAGGAGCCGACAUCCAACUCGGUUGACUUGGGACCCGGCUGUGGGAGGGGCUUUUAGGGUUACCUCAACAAGAAAUGGACAGCUUGGCUGUUAUUUCUGAAAAACCUUAAGGAUCAUUUGUUAUAGAUGGUAUAACAGCUCAGAAGUGUUGAUGUUGUGUUAUGAGAUGGGAUAAAUCCAGAGAUCUGUCCAAAGCAGGGCAUCAUGAGUGUCCAGU